AUGGCCAAAUCGGAGCAAAAGGAACAACAGUUAGUUUCAACAUAUGUAUACUUUAUAAUAAUAGGUUUUAAUAUAUGUAUAACUGUAGCAGGAAGUUUGAAGAAUAUUUCCGGCGAUGCGGAUAUAUGUUCCGAGCCGUUAGGAUAUUGCGGCAACGACUGCGAGUCAAGGUGUCUGGCUAGACACAUUGGCGUCGAGACUCAAGGAUCAUGCGAUUAUACACUGAAGGUGCCACUAUGCACCUGCUACUACAGCUGUAAUUUGCAGCCACCGCCACCUGAGACCUGCAAUGAUGGCCUUGGCUAUUGUACUGUGGCCUGCGAAGAGGAUUGUUGCAAUAGAAAAUGUAGCGAAAAGCAUUAUCAGGGACGAGGUUUAUGCAACGAGAUUGGUACAAUUAAACUCUGUCAAUGCCAGUAUCCAUGUUAA